AUGAGCGAUCCUGAUUAUGAACCAAAAACUUGUUUUUGAUCCCACAAUAAAACCCUAAUCUGGGUUGUGAUUAGAAAGUGAACUUUAAGAGUUUAUUGACUUUUUUCAUUAACAAGACUAAAAUGGUUCUAAUCUAGUAUUUAAAUACCCUUUGCUUUUUUCCUCCAAAUUCUAGGAAAUUUCAGUGUUCCUUUCAGAAAGUAAUUGUAGGCACAAAGCCCCACCUAGAACCCAUGAAUGGGUUAGGUAGCAUGGGGUGGUUAGACACCAGACACGUGGGCAGCUGAUAUCCCCUAAACCCAAUGACAAAAUCUUUUUCAUUUUCAACAUCAGAUGAAUUAUUUCUUCACAGAUACAAUCACAUGAUGUAAUAAUAUUUUAUCUCAAAAUUCAACAAUUGAGAAUGAAUUCUGUUGAAUUUGGCAAUGAAAGAGAGAACCCAGAAUGGGGAAUUCGAGACUUUUUGCGUGGAAGCAACUGAAAGAAACUGCAAGUCAAGAGGAGGAAAAUAAGAUAUAUCACAAGCUCUUCAGCUUCCCCUACCUACCACAUUGGCUAAGAUUGAAUGAUCGUAGAGUGGUAGCUGUAACAGCACGCCAUGCAAAGAGAAGAAGAGAUGGGCUUAAAUAUCAGCUGCACCCUCAUUUUUCUCUGUGACAGUUCUCUCAACAUCUCAUUUCUUCUGCUUCUUCACCAUCUCUGCAGUCCUCCCCCAAAUCCUCAACCAUGGGAACUGAAAUGGUGAUGGUGGAUGAGAUCCCUUUUCCUCCUCAGAUCACAACGGCCAAGCCAUUAUGCCUUCUGGGUUAUGGAAUUACUGACAUUGAGAUUCACUUUCUCCAGAUCAAGUUCACAGCAAUUGGAGUUUACUUGGAACCUGAAAUUGUGGGCCAUCUGCAACCAUGGAAGGGUAAAUCUGGAAAGGAGCUUGCAGAGAAUGAUGAUUUCUUUGAGGCUCUUAUUUCAGCUCCUGGAGAGAAGUUUUUGAGAAUUGUGGUGAUCAAGGAGAUCAAGGGUUCACAGUACGGGGUGCAGCUAGAGAGUGCAGUCAGGGACCGAUUGGCAGCAGAUGACAAAUAUGAAGAAGAGGAGGAGGAAGCUUUGGAGAAAGUUGUUGAGUUCUUCCAAUCUAAAUAUUUCAAGAAAGAUUCCAUCAUUACGUUCCAUUUUCCUGCAACUUCAUGCACUGCUGAGAUUGUAUUUGCAACUGAAGGAAAAGAGGAGUCAAAGAUCACCGUAGAGAAUGCAAACGUUGUUGAGAUGAUCAAGAAAUGGUACUUGGGUGGAACAAGGGGAGUGUCUCCUACAACCAUCUCGGCCUUAGCCAACACCCUUGCAACAGAGUUGUCCAAAUGAACAGAGAUGCUGUCUACUUAUGGGCUGUAUGUUUCAUCUUAGUUUGUUUGUGUGCUAGGACCUUUGGAAGUUUGUCCUUGUACGAGCUUUGGUUUCUAUGCUUCUUAAUAAAUUAAUAUAGCAUCUUUCUGAGUAUUGCCCACCCCUUACUCAGAAUUCAUUCCUCA